AUUUUUUUUUCUUUACAAUUUUAUAGAAUAAAAAAAAUGGAUGAAACGAAAAUUUCAAGUGAUUUAAAACAACAAUUUAGUAUUUUUGUUAAUAUUAAAAGAAAACAUUUAGGUAUUUUACAUGAGAAAAGUGAUAAAAUAUGUAAAGUAUUUGGUUUUCAAUCAAUAAAAAUUGAAAAUUCCUGUGAAAAUAAAAAUAAUGAAGAAAACAUUAGUAAUAUCAAUAAUUCAAAUUUAGUUUUAGUACAAUUUGUUUCAACCAAUGGUGUCAAUUCGGGAAUAACAAAAUUUUGUCGCACUGGGGAUAAUGAUAACGAUGAUUGCAAUACGGAACAAAGUAAUUGUAGUGGAAAUAUUGACGAUUUAGAAAUAACUCAACAAAUUCAACGUUACAUUGAAAGUUUAGCACUAAAUGAAGCUGAAGAUUCAAGUUAUGAUUCAGAUUGUGAUAAUGAUGAUACAACACAACAGCAUCAUCAUCAUCAUCAACAUCAUCAACAACAUGUACAAUCACAACAUCAGCAAACAAAAUAUAAUGUACACAAACAACAAAUUACUUCACAGCAACAGCAACAAUUUCAUCAACAAUUACGUCAUCAUCAACAACAACAACAGCAACAACAACCACUAAAUUAUUUCCAUACAACUGUUAGUGGAACAACAUCAUCAAAUGAUGAGCAUGAACAAGUAUCGAGAACAACAAGUGAUACUCUUGGUCAAGAAUUUGCUGAAUAUGUAACAACAGCAACUGGUGCACCACAAGCAUCAGGAAUAACAAGUCAACAAUCGUUACAGCAUCAAUUACCAGAAAAAUCACCUGGUUAUACAGCACGUGUUGAAUUUGCACUUAAACUUGGUUAUACUGAACGUCUAGUCCAAGCAGCUUUAGCCCGUUUAGGACCAGAUCCAGCUCAAAAUGAGUUAUUAGCUGAACUAAUUAAACUUGGGGCCAAUAAAGGUGAUUUUAUAUGUGAUUCACCAACAGCUGAAUGUUUAUCACCUGUACCUACUGGCAAUAUAAAUAGCGUUAGUGGUAUUGGUUCUUGUUCACAAGUUGUUACCGGUUUACCAUUAUUAACCGGAACUGGAAGUACUGGUACUAAUAAUUCAGCGAUUAUUGUUGGUAGUGGUAACAAUGAUUUGACAAGUUGUAAUCCAACUAAUGUUGCUGUUGGAAUCCCAUCACAUUUUGCUGCUCUACAUUCUCAUCAUCAUCAACAUAAUUUACAUUUAGGCAAUAGUAGUUUUAGUAGUGAUGAUCCAUCAUCAAUAUCAAAUCAUCCAAUGAAUGGUUUACGUCCAAUAGUUAUAGAUGGUAGUAAUGUUGCUAUGUCUCAUGGCAAUAAAGAAGUCUUCUCGUGUCGAGGAAUAAAAUUAUGUGUUGAUUGGUUUAAAAAUCGUGGCCAUAAAGAUAUUACGGUAUUUGUGCCGAAAUGGCGAAAGGAAAGUUCUAGACCUGAUAAUCCAAUUAAAGAUCAAGAUAUUUUAAAUGAAUUAGAAAGAGAGAGGAUGCUUGUUUUUACUCCAUCAAGGUUAGUUGGUGGUAAACGUAUGGUGUGUUAUGACGAUCGUUAUAUUUUGAAGUUGGCUGUUGAAAACGAUGGCAUUGUUGUUUCAAAUGACAACUAUAGAGAUUUAGUUCAGGAAAGUUCUGAAUUUAAAAAAGUGGUUGAGGAACGCGUUUUGAUGUAUUCAUUCGUCAAUGAUCGUUUUAUGCCACCUGACGAUCCAUUGGGAAGGUCUGGACCGACCCUAGAUAAUUUUCUGAGAAUUCAACCCAAGAAAGGAGAUCCGCCACCUCCUUGUCCAUAUGGUAAAAAAUGUACAUAUGGUAAUAAAUGUAAAUUUCAUCAUCCUGAACGGGGAUUAGGUCCACAUAAAUCUGUAACAGAACGUCUGUCAGAACACGCAGCACGUCAUUUAUCUGCACGCAACUCAUCCGCCGAUGCAUCUAGAACUCCCGUUCAAGGUAAAUCUCUUAGCGUUCCACUUAGUUGUACAAGUAAUGUUGUUGAUUCGAGCCAAUCAGCAUCUUCUUCGCCAUCCAUAUCACCAGCUGCAGGAGGUGGAUUGCCUGGAUCCAAUACAGCAGAGCGUGUAUCUAGGAAAACAGCAUUAUGUAGAACAAGAUCUGGUGCACCAGAUUGUUCUAUACCUCCGCAAACACAACAGCAGCAACAACAACAACCCAACUUAAAUAAUCAAAAGAAUUCUUUGAAUUCUAAUAUAGGACAGCAACAGAUCCCCACAGCAUGGGAUCCGUCUUGCUGUCAUGUAUUAGACACAAAUUUAGGCGGAACUGGAAAUCAUACUACUAGUGGUCAUCACCCUGCUAGUAUUAGUAGCUUUCCGAAAUCCCAUAGCAUUGAAAAUAUAUCACGAGAAACCUUUGCACAUUCAUUAAGUGGAACACCAGCUGCACAGCCACCACAAUCACAAUCACAACAACAAAAAAUUCAAAGUACACCAAUUUCGAAUUUUCAAUCUUUAUGGAAUACACCUAAUACACCACUACAAGUUAGUCAACAAAAUCCACAACAACAACAACAAUGUGGAAUUACAUCACAACAAUUAACAUCACAAUCAGAUAAUAGUUUAGUUUUAGAUGAAUCUGUUAAUUUGCAUAGAAAAUUAAGACGCCAGCUCACUUUGAAUGCAGCUGGUUGUGAUCCUAGAAUAUAUCAAUUACAACGCUGUAUGACGCCAAUCGGUACGACAAGUGGUGUUAGUGGACCAAAUAGUCCAUCACCACUAGUACCGUCACCAGCACAAUCACACUCACCGCAUAGGCCAUUAGCACCAUCUUUAAGUGGACCACGUUCACAUCACCCAGCAGCACAAUGGGAUUUACAUCAGAGUUUAACACGUAUUGCAUCAGCACCAGAUCCAUCACGUCCAUGGCAAAGUGGACCACCUCCAGCAUCAUCAUCUGAGCCUCAAAUCAAUUUGUGGCCACAUCAUGCUCCUGCAACUGUUUUAGCUGCACAAGAUCAACGUCGUCGAUUGCAUUAUCAUUUAGCAAGCAUUUUUCCAGAAGAACAAGUUCAGACUGUUAUGCAAAUGUAUCCAGAUGAGACUAAUCCUCAAACAAUAUGUGCUGCCAUCUUAAAUAUGUUUCCAAAAAUUUAAUUUGGAAACUAAUAAACUUUAGAAUCAUCGUUAGAAAGUGAAAAUUAUUAUUUUAUAAAAAUAUACAAUAUUAUCAUUACAUAUUUAGAUUAAUUAUGCGUAUAUUAUUAUAAUAUACGUUCAAAUGUAUACAUUUAUGUAUAUGUUUAUAAUAUGAAUAGUU